AUGAGCUCAGACCGGGAGCUGCAAACCCUUCAGCUGAAGAAGCAGGACCUGGAACGAGCGUUGGAAGAGCAGGCUGACAGAGUGGAGAUGGCGUAUGAUAGGAUGAAGAAGGCGGAAGGCCAUGCUCAAGAGUGUCAAAUGGAGCUUGGCAAGAUCCGUGUGGAGAAUUCAGAGAUGGACAAACUCAAUGCUACGUUGGAGAAGCAGGUCAAAGAGCUCAACCUCCGUAUCGUGGAUCUCGAGACCAAGUCCUAUUCCCGCAUACAGCCAUCUACUUCGUCAUCUGCUGCGACCGUGCGCAGGCUUGAAAGCCGCGUUGAAGAACUCACGAACCAGCUCAGUCAGGCUACCAGGGAACGGCAUACUGCUUCAGUUUCUCGGGAUAGGGAUGCGACGUUCAAGUUGGCAGAGACUGAGAGGCAGAAGGUUCGGCUGGAGGAAGAGGUGCGAUCGUACGAGGAGAAGAUCAACAACAUGAGGAAGCUCGUGAAUGACAUGCAAACGACCGAAGGGGAGCUUCAGUUGGCAAAGAGGCGAGCCGAACGCGAAGCAGCUGACUUGAGGCAAAAGUCCUUGAAUCUCGAGCGUCAGGUAGAAAGACUGAGGGCCCGACUGGAUCGGCCACCAUCUGCGCUUGAUCGGGAUUCGCCUUUGGCCUCACCACGAAAGUUUAAUUCAUAG